AUGAAGGUGUGGGUUGUGCUGGCAGUGGCAGUGCUAUGGGGUUGUUCCAUAUCCCUGGCCCAACCUCCGACGGUCACAUUCAAUCUUAGGACUGCCACUAGGCUAACCUAUAGGCUUUUUAUAACUCAACUCAGAACUGAAUUGUUCCGAUAUGGAAGCACUGACGGUGAAAUCGCGUUAUUACCUAACCGAUCAAGAGGAGACAUGGCGGAAACUAGUCCCCGUCGAUAUGUUUUGGUGCAACUCUUAGAUGGGGACCAAAGCGUCACAAUAGCUUUGGAUGUCACCAGUGUGUAUGUGUUGGGUUAUCGACGAGGAAAUGGAGCGAGGUCACACUUGUUUCCCGGUGUACCCGAAGCUGUACGAAAUGUUGUGUUCCCAAACACUCAAGGACGGGCUCUUCCAUUUACCGAACGUUAUGGGUCACUAGAAGGAGCUGCAGGAGUGGAUAGCAGAAGUCAAAUCCCUCUGGGAAUUGAAGAGCUACAGCAUCAUAUUCGGAACAUGAAUGAGUACGAACCUGCUAGUCCACAUGAUCGUACAAUCGCAAGAGCCAUUUUAGUUUGCAUCCAGAUGAUUUCGGAACCUGCGCGAUUUAGAUUCAUCGAGGGGGAAAUAGCUGAGGUGGCACAGCCUCUUCCGGAUGGAUCUUGUCCAGUGUUAUAUCCAGAUGCUUUAAUGAGGGCGUUUCAAAACAAUUGGGACUCCAUCUCCGAAAACGUCCAGUCUGCAAUAUAUGGAGUCUUUCCAAGAGAUGUCCGUUUAGUACUUGCUCCUGGAGAAGAACCAGUGAUUUUCGACACGGUGGCAUCCGUGCGUUUCAUUGUUGCAUUAAUGCAAAUAGUAUGCCAAAACAGAAGAGCUAAUCUUCAGAUUUUGCAGAUGCCAGCAUCAAUAUCAUCCUCUUCUUUGCCAGUCCUCCAAGAGGACGAUGAAACUUGGAAUCAAACCAAUCAAUUGUGGACAUUGAGAUCAGAGGAUAACACAAUUCGAUCCAACGGAAAAUGCUUAACAACAUAUGGAUACAGCUCCGGAAGCUACGUGAUGAUCUACGAUUGUGACACGGCUGCCCCCGAUGCCACCAAAUGGGAAAUCCGUAGCGAUGGAGCUAUAAGAAAUCCUAAAUCAGGGCUGGUCUUGACGGCAAGUAAAGACAGCACAGGAACGAUCAAUUUAGUUGUAGAUUAUAAUACUAAUGCUUCUAAGCAAGUUUUUUACGCCACCAAAUAUGCAAUUUCACCGAUGACCACCAUCUUCAGUUACCAAGGACAGUGCUUGGUCGGUAGAGGAAGUCAGGUGCGGCUGGAAAAAUGUGCUGGAAAGGAUGCUGAUGCUGAACAACAAUGGGCAGUGUCCCCGGACGGAACCAUCAGCCCUCGAUCCAAUCGAAAUGAGUGUCUCAAGUUUGCAAAUGCCGGUGGAGCAUCGGUCAACCUAGCUACGUGCGAUGGAUGGAUCGGAGAAAGAUGGAGAUUUCAAAAUGAUGGAACCAUUUUGCAUGUGGGUACUCAAAAGGUGCUGGAUGUGGAAGAUACAGAGGUUACCGUCAAUGAUCACAGCCAACAACGACCUAGCCAAACUUGGUUUCAGGGGAAAUCAUAA